AUUAACUAACAAGAUUCUUUAAACGGUUUUGUUUUUGGUUUUGGUUUUACAUGAUCGAUCAUCACCAAUUUUUUAGCAGGCAGAGUAACAAGUUUUGUUCAAUCCUCAUAACUUAAGCAUGGUUGAAAUGGUUGUUCAUGCUAGAUAGUAAUCCAAUCCUCAUUAGCACUAAAUUUGUUUUAUGUGACAUGGCUUCAGAAGGUGAUCUUGAAUUAGCUAAACUCAAUGGAAAACAAGUAGCUCCUAGAAUAUUGUCAAGAGUGUUCUCAGAAGAUUACAAGAGAGUGAGAAGAAGAAGAAUAUUAGAUCCUAGGGGACAAAUCAUUCACCAAUGGAAUAAGAUUUUCUUAGUAGCAUGUUUAGUUUCUUUGUUUGUGGAUCCUUUAUUCUUUUAUUUGCCAAUAGUUCAAGAUGAAGCGUGCAUUGACAUUGGAAUAGAAAUUGAAGUUGUUCUCAUAGUUAUAAGAUCAAUUUUGGAUGCUUUUUACAUCAUUCACAUUUUUAUGAGGUUUCAUAUAGCUUAUGUUGCUCCUUCUUCUAGGGUGUUUGGAAGAGGAGAACUUGUUAUAGACUCUUCUAAGAUAGCUACUAGGUACUUGCAUAAGGGUUUUUUCUUGGACUUUAUUGCUGCCCUGCCCCUUCCUCAGGUGUUAAUUUGGAUUGUCAUACCUAAUCUUGGAGGUUCAACCAUUGCAAACACAAAAAAUGUCCUUAGAUUCAUCAUCAUAUUCCAAUAUUUGCCAAGGCUAUUUCUCAUUUUUCCACUUUCAUCACAAAUUGUAAAAGCUACAGGUGUUGUGACAGAAACAGCAUGGGCAGGAGCUGCUUAUAACCUGAUGCUUUACAUGUUAGCUAGUCAUGUUUUAGGGGCAUGUUGGUAUCUUCUAUCAAUUGAAAGACAAGAAGCAUGCUGGAAGAGUGUCUGCAAAAUGGAGGAGUCAUCUUGUAAAUAUGAUUUUUUUGACUGCAAUAGGGUUAAAGAUUCCGCGAGGGCGUCCUGGUUUAUAGCGAGUAAUGUCACAAAUUUAUGUUCACCAAAUGGUCUCUUUUAUCAGUUUGGUAUAUAUGGUGAUGCAGUGACAUCCAAAGUUACAGCCUCUGCAUUCUUUAAUAAGUACUUCUUUUGUCUUUGGUGGGGCCUAAGGAAUUUGAGUUCUUUGGGACAAAGUCUUCUUACUAGUACAUUUGUUGGAGAAAUAAUGUUUGCCAUUGUUAUUGCAAUACUUGGAUUGGUUCUUUUUGGAUUGCUCAUUGGUAAUAUGCAGACAUACCUACAAUCAACGACUGUCCGGUUAGAAGAGUGGAGGGUCAAAAGAACAGACACGGAACAAUGGAUGCAUCAUAGACAGCUACCUCAAGAACUAAAACAAUCCGUGCGUAAAUAUGAUCAAUAUAAAUGGCUAGCUACACGAGGAGUAGAUGAAGAAUCUCUUCUUAAAGGACUUCCAUUGGAUCUUCGAAGAGACAUUAAGCGUCACCUUUGCCUUGAACUAGUUCGAAGAGUUCCAUUUUUUGACACAAUGGAUGAGAGGAUGCUAGACGCGAUAUGUGAAAGACUAAAGCCAGCACUAUGCACAGAGAACACAUAUCUAGUUCGCGAAGGCGAUCCUGUAAACGAGAUGCUAUUCAUAAUAAGGGGGCAUCUUGAUUCCUACACAACCAAUGGAGGGCGCACUGGUUUCUUCAACUCAUGUCGAAUUGGUCCAGGUGAUUUUUGUGGUGAGGAGCUUUUGACAUGGGCGUUGGAUCCACGACCGAGUAUGGUAAUUCCUACUUCGACUCGAACGGUUCAAGCCAUAUCUGAAGUAGAAGGCUUUGCACUUAUAGCAGAAGAUUUGAAGUUUGUUGCAUCUCAGUUUAGAAGAUUGCAUAGCAAGCAAUUGAGGAACAAGUUAAGGUUUCACUCACACCAAUGGAGAACAUGGGCUGCUUGUUUUAUACAAGUUGCAUGGAGAGUAAGGUACAAGAAAAGAAAGGUAGUUAUUGAGUUGAGGACCAAUGUUGAAUAUGACUCAUAUUUACUGAUAAAUGCAACAUUUCUUGAGUGUAGUGAUUUCAGAAGUAAACUUGUAACAGCCACUCUAAUGUCGGAGUGGUAGCACAAUUGGCCGAAUUCUAUGAUCAAUAAUUUUUGUUCUUGUUUGUGUUUAUUUAUCUGUUUUAUUGUAAA